UGUUCUGUUCUAUUAUCUUUCACCGUGGUGAGACGCUAGUGGCUAGACACUUAAGAGGAAAGACAAGUGAAUGUUGAAAUGUAUUAUUUAUGUGUAUGCUGUUUGUAUUUCCCCCAAAAAAAUGUAACUGAAAGACAGUUCUGAAGAUAGCAUAGAAGCUCACACCGUUAAUUGUUCGAUUAUACGUCUUCAGUGUCAUCCUCCACAUUUUUCAGAAACAUAUGUAGCCUAUGAUAAGCUAGUGAAGUUUGAAAUAUUGCUUAUCUCUCUAAAUUAUGUGCAUGCCAGCAAUUAGUGGAAGAUCACUUAGAGAAGAAGAAUGAUUUCCGCAUUAAAGGGUGAAAUUGACAUCCAGAAAUUGCCUGUGGAUUCAGAGGAACACAAGUUUAAUUCAUGGAAAGUAAAAUACAAGAAAAGUCACAUACUACACUCGAAAUGUGUCAAUGGACCUUGCGAAGACGAUAAAAAUAAAUGCUUGUUGUGCAUUUACAACAGUGAACUAGAGCUUCCACAUUUACCUGACAUGGUGUUCCCGAACAAUGUGAUGGUGCUACAGCACGAUAAUGGUUGUGGAAUAGAGUUCAAUGCCUUGGAUGCUCUGCGAAGAGUCAGUAAUGGAAAAUUAUCUUUGAAAGUUGCCUGUUCUGAGGAAUGGAAGGAAUCAAGACAGGAGCAUGGAAAUCUUGAUGAAGUUAAGCCAUUUGACUGGACAUUUACCACGGACUAUAUGGGCACAUUGUUGGGAAAUUUUAUUGUCAGACAAACAGAUGAGAGGAUAAAUAUUGAGAAACUACGGCAAAGGGAGCAAAUAUUAUUUUAUAAUGAUCUCACAUUAUUUGAAGAUGAGUUACAUGAUAAUGGCAUUGCAGUUUGCUCAGUGAAAGUGAGGGUAAUGCCAAGUAGUUUCUUUGUCUUGUUGCGGUACUUCCUGAGGGUGGACAAUGUCAUGUUGCGAACAAAUGAUACUCGGCUGUAUCAUGAAUUUGGAACAGAUUUUAUACUGAGAGAAUAUACAUCUAGAGCAGCUCAGGCAUCCGAAAUAAAACAUGUUCCACCUUCUGUCCUCAGAGAGCCAAAUGAGGUGACACCACUUCUUCCAUUAAUUGAGUCUCAUUAUUCUAAACUUAGCUUCCCAGAAAGCAGUUCUUCAGGAAUAAAAUAAUUUGCAGAAUGGAUGAUAAAGCCAAUGUUGUCAUUUUUAGUGUGUGUGUGUUUUUUUAAAUAAUUGAUGUACUUUAUAUUGCUGAAGUAUGUUUAUAUUGUCAGGUACAUGGUUUUUUGGCAGUAGUUAAAAUGUAAAAUGCAAGGGAAAUCGAGUCUAUGAACUCGUGUAAAAACAUGUGGCUCAUACUGAUUAAGCCCUGAAUAAUCAGUGAGACCUGUUGUCAUUGUUACUAACAGUGAUCAAUCCAUUCCAAGGAAUUGAGGAAAUUGAAUAAUUGGUGUAUAUUGCUUCUCUAGAGCUGCAAACUUAAUGAAAUGAUGUAGGUUUCAUUUCUUUAUCCUGUUUUUUUUUUUUUUUUUUUUUGCCUGUGCAUUUGUCUGUAAUGUGAGAACUGUUACAUCUUCCCUACACCCCAUAUAAUGUAUUUACUAUUUCAGAAAUCUACCAGUAAUAUGUAGAAUCAUAAUUAGUUGCCAUAUUCUCAAUUAAUUAUGAAAGCAUUAAAUUUUGUGAGCACUGUUGAGGAUGUCAAAAAAGUUGUUAACCAUUACAAUAACAGAAUAGGUACAUAUUGAAUAAGUGUUUGUAAAAUUAUGUAAACAUUAUGUUUAAUGAGGCACUGUACUUUGUGCUAAUUUCCCAUCGCAUGCGCGCGCUUGUAAAAUUAUGUAAACAUUAUGUUUAAUGAGACACUGUACUUUGUGCUCAUUUCCCAGCAUGUGUGUGUGUGUGUGUGUGUGUGUGUGUGUGUGUGUGUGUGUGUGUGUGUACAUCAUGAAAAGUUGUUAACCAGUACAAUAUAUUGUGAACAGAAUAGGUAUUCAUUGAACAAGUGUUCACAGAAUUAUGUAAACAUAAUCUGUAGUGAGACACUGUACUUUGUGCUCAUUUCCAACCUUGUGUGUGUGUGUGUGUGUGUGUGUGUGUGUGUGUGUAAAAGCAGACAUGUUUUAUCAAUAUACAUUAAAAAACUGAAAUUUGGAAAAGUAAA